GUACAUUAAUUUCCAAUGGAACGCUGCGUGUGCCUUUGCACUAUUGCGUUUACAGAGGACUAAUCUGUACGUUCUGUGUACGUUGGAUGUGUCUAACAUAUGCGUAGACGGUUUGACAAAGAUGGUAGCAGAAUGUUAUUAAUGUUGAACUUUUGUUGCACACAUAUCCAAAUUGUGCCGCGUACCAUUUAAAAAAAAAAAAAUCCCUCGCAAAUGUCGGUGUGAUCGAGGCGUAACCAUUGUAACGAGACAAAUGUAUUGUUUUCAAUCAUCCACCUUUUAGGUCCGAGAGUUGAGGGUGCGGUGUGCCUGGUUACCGGAUAACAUGGCUACCUAGAGCAGCGAGGCGGUUUUUUUUUCUCUCUCUCUCUCUCUCUCCAGCCUUUCAAUCUUGGGGGGAGCUAUCUCGAUCAGCCAACUAGCAAUCUUUUUUCCACAACACGGCUGUUCCAUGAAAUUAUCGCAAUGUUUUAUUUAAAUAUAGGACUAGUAUGGCUAAUCUACUUCUGUGCAGUGAACACUUUGAAGAAUGGAUAAUUACAAGAUAAUCAACAAAAUUGGAGAAGGGACAUUUUCAGAAGUGGUGAAGGCUCAAAGCCUGAAAGAUGGGAAAUAUUAUGCGUGUAAAACGAUGAAGCAGUCACUCAGCAGCCUGGAACAGGCCAACAACCUGCGAGAAGUCCAGGCCAUGAAAAGACUAAACCCUCACCCAAACAUCAUUCAGCUGCAUGAAUUGAUAUUUGACAAAGAGUCAGGGACUCUGUCCUUGAUAUGUGAGCUGAUGGAGAUGAACAUCUAUGAGUUCAUACGAGGGAGGCAGCAACCUUUGCCAGAAAGUAAAAUCAGACACUACAUGUACCAACUUUGCAAGUCACUCGAUCAUAUGCAUAGCAACGGGAUCUUUCACCGGGACGUUAAGCCAGAGAACAUUCUAAUCAAACACGACGUGCUCAAACUUGGAGACUUUGGCUCAUGCAGGAGUUUGCACUCCAAGCCCCCCCACACAGAGUACAUCUCCACCCGCUGGUACAGAGCCCCAGAGUGCCUCCUCACAGACGGCUAUUACUCACACAAGAUGGACAUGUGGAGUGUAGGAUGUGUUUUCUACGAGAUCAUCAGUCUCAGCCCUCUGUUUCCGGGAAGCAAUGAGUUGGAUCAGGUGACCAAGAUCCACGAUGUUUUGGGUACACCUGACAACAGUCUCCUUCAAAAAUUCCCUCAGUCUAGGGCGAUGCGUUUUGACUUCCCUCUGCGGAAAGGCAGUGGAAUAUCUCAGCUCAUCCCAAACUGUUCGGCACCCAGUCUGUCAUUGCUCUACCAGAUGCUGACCUACGACCCAGAGGAGCGCAUUGGUGCAAGAGCGGCGCUACAGCACAUAUUUUUUAGAGAGCUACGGCUGGCGGAGAGGAGAGCUGAUAGUCUGCGCAGGGCCAUUAUGACUGUAGAGGGAGGAGAGAGCAGUGGGACCCCCAACUCUGUGGAUCACCUGCGGCGCAUGGCCAGACAGGGCAGGAGGCAGCACAACAUAAAGCACGUUGCCGAGCCUCUGAUCAGACGCAACGCCCCACAUGUGGAAUUACCAAAGCUCAAUGUGGUAGUGCCUGCACCCCAGAUUACCUACCCUGUUAGCACAGUGCCAGUUCUCACCAUCACUCACCGUGGGUCCCUCCCAGCCAUCACAUCAAAAAAGUGCCACUCCCGGUUGACUAAGCCAAGGGAUGAAUCCCACUGCUCUGCUUUCAAGACCUACUACAUGCCUCCUCUGGAUAGGAAACCUGGUGGCUACUGAGAGCCCCAAUUCUUAACUGUUGCUGUUCAACAGACCUGUUGUACCUGCUGUACAUACUCUGAUCUGAUUUUUAAAAAUUUGGUUAGACAUUGUUGAACAAAGCUACUUAGCUACUUCAUAGCCUGCUGCUUUCUUAUAAGCAAUGCUAACAUGGUGUUGGACAAAGGAAUGUCCCAUAGCAAUAAUUACCAGGGUUCAUUUGUAUAAGUCAUCAUUCUGGCACAUGAAAUACAACAUAAUCCACAAAGUAUAUUUGACUCUGUCAUCAGUGUUAGGCAAAUGAGAAGAUGCCUAUUGACCGUUAAUAACCCAACCAUUUCCUAACUAGUUGUGUCAUGUUCUUAACAGCUCAAAAGUGAGCAAAUGACUACUCACAUGCAAAGCAGAACUUCAAGGACGAGCUCUGAUAUACUGAAUGUACAAAACAUUAGGAACACCUGCUCUUUCCAUGACAGACUGACAAUGUGAAUCCAGGUGAACGCUAUGAUCCCUUAUUGAUGUCACUUGUUAAAUCCACUUCAAUCAGUGUAGAUGAA